AUGUCGCGAUCCCUCCAUCCGAAUGGGCCGUCCAAAGUAGACGCCGAGGGACAGGACCCUGCGACAGGGACUGACUUUGUUUCUCAUCGCAUGGUAGGCAGUCCUGUUCUGAUUCUGCAGAGCAACCAGAUCCGCCUGGAGAUCAAACACGCCAUGCUAUCGAUGCCCGGCAUGGCCGUCCUUACUGCACUGUGCUUCGUGGUUGAGGUGCGAGGCUACACUAAACUCUAUGACUCUCCUGAGGAAGGCCCCUUUGCGCUCUAUACCUACCUGCAGUACCCGCGUUUCAUCGCCUUCACGGACUGCGGCAUCUACUUCAUCCAUCGUGGCCUGCAUCACCCCUGGGUAUACAAGCACCUGCACAAGGCGCACCACAAAUGGAUCGUGUCGACGCCGUUCGCCAGCUAUGCUUUCCACCCGGUAGACGGGUUCAGCCAGAGUUUCCCCUACCAUCUGUACCCGUUCCUAUUCCCGCUUCAGAAGAUUGCCUAUUUGGCCUUGUUUGUCUUUGUGACCAUUUGGACAGUCAUGAUUCGUGAGCCCUAA